CUUAUCCAUGUUGUGGUCUAACAAUGAUUACGAUCAUAGUAUACUUGUCUAUGAUUACGAUUUGAAUAUAAUUAAUAGAAUAAUUGAAAUAUAUAUAUAAAAGUACUAUUAAACAAUAUUAAUUUCACUUAUUAUGUGCUUUUUGUGAUUACUUAUAAUUAAUGUUUAUUUAUAAUAAUAAAAAAUAAUGAACAGUUUUAUUAAAUCAUUUAUUAUAUUAUCUCUUAUUAUUUUUUACUGCGAAUUUGGUAUAUAUUAUGUUGUAUUAUUUCAAUGCAAAUGGCCUUUGGUUAAGGAUAUGAAUUUAGAUCAACCAGUUAAAGUGAUGUUUUUGGCUGAUGCACACUUAUUAGGAACUAAAAAUGGACAUUGGUUUGAUAAAUUAAGAAGAGAAUGGGAAAUGAAAAGAGCUUUCCAAACUGCCAUUUCACUGCAUAAUCCAGAACUAGUUUUUGUUCUAGGUGAUUUAUUUGAUGAAGGACUAUGGAGUAGUGAAACUGACUUUAACACCUAUGUCAAAACAUUUAAUGAUAUUUUUUCAAUAAUUGAACCAACCAAACUAUAUGUUGUUGUAGGUAAUCAUGAUAUUGGUUUUCAUUACAGAAUGACACCAUAUCUAGAAAGGAGAUUUAACAAAGCAUUUAAUACUGAAUCUAUAACAUUAAUUAGCAAACGUAAUGUACACUUUGUAACUGUUAAUAGUAUGGCUAUGGAAAUGGAUGGCUGUUAUUUUUGCUAUACAGCAGAACAAAAACUCAAAGAACUUGCUAGAAGAAUGAAAUGUAGUAGAGAAAAAACUUGUUCAAAAAAUAUGUUAAUAGAAGGCAAUUACAGUAAACCUGUAUUAUUACAACAUUUUCCACUAUAUCGAACUAAUGAUAUGACUUGCAAUGAACCUGAUUCAGCUCCAAUGGCAGAAAAAAUUAAAAUAUUUCGUGAAGGUUGGGAUUGCCUUAAAAAAGAUGCAACAAAAAAAUUGUUGGAAAUUUUAAAACCUAGAGUGGUUUUUAAUGGACAUACACAUCAUGGAUGUCAUAUGAUACACGAAAAUUAUGUUCAUGAAUUCACAUUGCCAUCAUUUAAUUGGCGUAAUAAAUAUAAUCCUAGUUUUAUGUUGGCACAAUUCACAGCUGAUUUUUAUGCUGUGGAAACUUGUCACAUGCCACAAGAGUAUACAAUUGUACUUAUUUACUUAUUAUUGAUUUUUUAUUUUUUAUUUAAAAUAUUUUAUAAACGAAAAUGGUCCUUUUUUAAAAGAAAAUAUAACUCAAAUAAAUAUAUUUAAUGAUA